GUGCUCCGUCACAAUGCUCGAGACCACGGCAGUGUGAGUUUAUAACACCAUGCUAUAAAUACGGGUACGCCUCGAGCCUUCACAAGCACAUUAACGGGACCUGUCUUACGUGCUCAGUGAAAGCUAAAAAUUUAUACAGAAAAGUUAUCUAGUAAUUCUCAUUACUUGUGAGUUUCUUGACCACUGUGACUACAUCCGUGUAGGUGGUCAGUGGCACUUAACUGGUGUACCCGCGAAGCGCCUUCCUCUGCUGCCAACAUCAGUAUCCAGGUCGUCUGUGAUGGGUGGUGACCGAGUGUGGUUGAGGGGAGUCCUGGCGGUGAUGCUGGUGUUGGUGGGUGGUGGUGGUGAUGCUCGGACCACCACCACACCCCACCACCCCCGCCAACAGCUGCUACAGGAGAAAGAGAUCACUCAGCAGCUGGCCCUCAUAGAUAAGCUUGUUGGUGUAAUGCUUGACGCUACUGAGUGCGGUGAUCGAAACAAGGUCGGACCAGAACAGCAGGAGAACACAACAGCAGCAAGUCCGCAAUCAACAAAAGAUCCGCAAUCAACAAAAGAUCCGCAAUCAACAAAAGAUCCGCAAUCAACAAAAGAUCCGCAAUCAACAAAAGAUCCACAAUCAACAAAAGAUCCACAAUCAACAAAAGAUCCGCAAUCAACAAAAGAUCCGCAAUCAACAAAAGAUCCGCAAUCAACAAAAGAUCCGCCACCAACAAAAGAUCCAUCAGACUGUCAGUACUCGGAGUUCAGCCCCACCCAUACGAUGCUCAAGACUCAGAACACAGAAUGCGAGAUACACAAGACGGGACUAUCAGCCGAGGAGAAGGAACUGAUACUGACAUUACACAAUGAUCUGCGAGCCAAGGUGGCGAGGGGCGAGGAGACCCGAGGCAGCCCAGGACCACAACCACCUGCAGCCAACAUGCAACAGCUGGUGUGGAACGACGAGUUGGCUCAGGUGGCACAGGCGUGGGCGUCGCAGUGUCCGAACGGCCACGACUCUGCCAAGGAGCGAGCCAUGUGCACCAGGGACUAUUACGUCGGCCAGAACAUCCACUACUACUGGGGCUUCGACGAGAAUCCCAACUGGAAGAAAGCAGUGCAUGAUUGGUACGAAGAGGUGGUUGACAUGCCCAACAGUUUUGCUGCCUCCUUCCAGCUCCACAAGACGAAGAAAAUUGGUCAUUAUACCCAAGUGGUGUGGGCCGACACAAACGAGGUGGGCUGUGGCUUGGUGUACUACGAGGUGGAGCUGAAGGGUAAACUCUUCCCAGAGAGCAAGAUUUAUGUGUGUAACUACGGGGCGGCAGGUAACGUGAGGAGCAGGCCAAUGUAUGCUGAGGGACCCGCUGUCUCCAAAUGCCCUGGUGAUGUCUCCUCCACCUACCCGGACCUGUGUGUCUAGACCUGUCAUGAGGGACCUGUGUGUGUGUGUCUAGACCUAUCAUGAGGGACCUGUAUGUGUCUAGACCUAUCAUGAGGGACCUGUAUGUGUCUAGACCUA